UGCUGUGAUAAGCUAAUGUUGCUCAUGUGCAGUUUGUGUUUAUGACGACUAGCCAGAUGAAGACCAUCGAGCUGGAGGAAGGAUGGAACUUCAUGCAGAAGGGAAUCACAAAAUUAAAGAAAAUCUUAGAAGGCCAUCCAGAUUCAUUCAGCUCCGAAGAGUACAUGAUGCUCUACACAACUAUCUAUAACAUGUGUACACAGAAGCCCCCUCACGAUUACUCUCAGCAGCUAUAUGAGAAAUACAAGGAAGCCUUUGAAGAAUACAUCAAUUCUACAGUUCUAUCUUCUUUGAGAGAGAAGCACGAUGAGUUUAUGCUGAGGGAGCUCGUGAAAAGAUGGGCAAAUCAUAAACUUAUGGUCAGGUGGCUUUCACGGUUCUUCCAUUAUCUUGAUCGGUAUUUUAUUGCUCGAAGGUCACUCCCUGCACUUAAUGAAGUUGGUCUGACGUGCUUCCGUGAUUUGGUUUAUCAAGAGUUGAAAAGUAAAGCUAGAGAUGCAGUUAUAGCACUGAUUGAUCAAGAACGUGAGGGUGAGCAGAUUGAUAGAGCGUUAUUGAAGAACGUGCUAGGCAUAUUUGUUGAAAUUGGAAUGGGGGAGAUGGAGUUCUAUGAAAAUGACUUUGAAGAUGCAAUGCUUAAAGAUACAGCAGCGUAUUAUUCUCGAAAAGCAUCAAACUGGAUUGUGGAAGAUUCUUGUCCAGAUUAUAUGUUGAAGGCAGAAGAGUGCUUGAAAAAAGAGAAGGAUAGAGUUUCUCAUUAUUUGCACUCAAGCAGCGAGACAAAACUUCUGGGGGUCAGUAUUGGAAUGAGGCACUUGAAAAUUGAAAUAUUAGUAUUUUCUUGGCAUCUUAACUACUGAUGAAAAGCUAUUUAG